CUUAACCCUGGCUGCUAAACUCACUAAGCAUGAUUGCAGAAAUGCUGCCACCACAUGACGCGGAUGCCAUAUGGUGGCCGAUAAGAUGCAUGCUGCGCGGUGCCGUCCCGGCGCCUCAGGUCAUCGAACGACUCAAGCAACUCCCACCCUCGGCUGCCAUCGCGUACGGCAACAUCAGCAGCGACCCUCCUGCCGACGAGCAGGAUCCGGACUCAGAUGACGCCUCCCCCCAGCCGGACUCCCUUAACGAGGUCGGUCAACGCGCCUUCCUGCACCUGCUGUCCGCGGACCCUGUGCUAGCGCUGCUGGGGCUGCGGCGCAGCUACCGGCGCAGUCUGCUGCGGCGGUUGCUGGCGGAGGUUGAGUCGCGGCGGCUGGCGGUGUGCGACGAGCUGGCGGGCGGGUACGCGGAGCUGCUGGCGGGAGGGGGCGAGCUGCAGCAGGAGGAGCAGGAGGCGGCGCUGGCGGGACUCCCUGCAUGUGUGGACCCGCGGGACAGCAGCUGGCUCUUCAAGACCUUCGCAUACGGCCCCGCGCCGCACCCGCCCGGCCCUGCUGUUAACGGAGCAUCCAGCUCUGGCGGCAGUGCCGCCCCCUCCUCCUCCUCCUCCUCCUCCUCCUCCCCCUGCCCCGCCCCCCUGCCGGCUGGUGUGGUGCAGCGCCACGUGGCCCACCUGGCCGCCGCACUGGGCCGCAGUGGAGGAGGGGGCAGCAGGGGGGAGGGCGGUGGCGGGGAGGGG